GGGUUUUUCCCCCUUCUCUCCAGCACAUGAUGAUGAGUGCCUGACCCUUCCACAGCUCUGUAGGACUUGGCUGCCCCAUUCGCUUGCAGAAGGAGACAGAGCCGUGGUGGGGACAAUGCAGCCCAUCUGCCACUGCUAAGCGAUCGCUGGUAAGGAGAAGGAAGAGGAAGAGGGCAUCUGCAGGACCGACAGGUGAUGUUGACCAGUGGACUAUGCUGCUGAAGCUCCUGCGCAGAGAGAUCUAGACCUGCCUAUUCCACCAGUAUGGGCUCGACCUCAGGGGUCUCAUCCUUGUGGUCAUCCCUGCCCUGCCUUUUGGAGAGGAACUGGAUGAAGCAGGAUGCGGAAUGGCGGGGCUUUUGUGCCUGAGCUUUGGCCUCAGGAAGUGACUUGUGGGGGGAAGCCAAAAUGAAAAUGCUUCCUGGCGUCGGGGUGUUUGGGACUGGGAGCACCGCUCGGGUGUUGGUGCCCCUGCUGAGGGCAGAAGGCUUCUCGAUUGAGGCUCUGUGGGGGAAAACCGAAGAGGAAGCAAAGCAGCUCGCUGAGGAAAUGAACAUUUCCUUCUACACCAGUCAAACCGACGAUGUUUUGCUGCACCAGGACGUAGAUCUGGUUUGCAUCCACAUCCCGCCACCCCUGACCCGACAAAUCGCAGUGAAAGCGCUAGGGAUUGGGAAGAACGUCAUUUGUGAAAAAGCGGCUACUUCUGUGGACGCCUUCAGGAUGGUCACGGCUGCCAGGUAUUAUCCCCGACUCAUGAGCCUUGUAGGCAAUGUCCUGCGAUUCCUGCCCGCGUUUGUCAAAAUGAAGCAAUUAAUCGAAGAGCACUAUGUGGGCAACGUUCUGGUCUGCGACGUCCGCGUGUACUGGGGAAGCCUCCUCAGCCACAAAUACAACUGGAUCUGUGAUGAGCUGAUGGGCGGAGGCGGCCUUCACACCAUGGGGACGUACAUCGUAGACCUCCUCACUCACCUGACGAACCGCAGGGCGGAGAAGGUCCACGGGUUGCUGAAAACCUUUGUGAAGCAGAACUCGGCCAUCAGCGGCAUCCGCCAUGUCACCAGCGACGACUUUUGUUUCUUCCAGAUGCAGAUGACCGGCGGCGUUUGUAGCACGGUGACGCUCAACUUCAACAUGCCGGGCUCCUUUGUCCACGAAGUUAUGAUUGUUGGGUCAGCCGGGCGUCUCAUUGUGCGCGGAACAGAUCUGUACGGCCAGAAGAACACUGCUCCCCACGAAGAGCUUCUGCUUGCAGACUCCAUGAAUGUCCACGCAGGGCUCUUAGAUAAAGGAUUCAAGGACAUCCCUCUGUUGUAUCUGCAAGGGAUGGUCUACCUGGUGCAAGCACUUCGCCACUCCUUCCAGGAACAGGAGGACCAGCGGACCUGGGAUCCCAAGCCCGUUGCGAUGGCCGCUUCCUUUGAAGAUGGCCUCUACAUGCAGAGUGUGGUCGACGCUAUUAAGAAAUCCAGCCGGUCUGGAGACUGGGAAAUAGUAGAGGUCCUCACGGAGGAGUCAGACACCAAUCAAAACCUCUGUGAGGCUCUGCAGCGCAAUAACAUAUAAGAGAAGUAUUCCCGAGAGCAGAACCCGGUGGGAUUGUGGAGAAAUCCAGGUGGGCUUGGUGGGAGGGGGCAGAAAAGGGGCCAGUUGUGCUUAUGGGUCACAACAGCCUCUCGCCUUACGUUUUGGUUUUUAAACUCAAGUAGAAAG